UCACUACAUCAAACACAAACUCAAAGUCAUCUCUUAUCUUCACCCAAAGACUUCAAGCUCUCUCUACAAGUUGUCUAACUUUCCAAUUUUCACCUGUAAUCUCUUAUUUCAGUCAAAAGAAGCCCAUUUGCAUCCUCGGUGAAUUGCUUACCAUACUCUCUUCAAAAUUACAACAACAAUGGAGAACCUACAAAAGAUGAUCACUGAGAAGUCUGUAGUAAUUUUUAGCAAGAACUCAUGCUGCAUGUCUCACACAAUCAAGACUCUCUUUUUAGACUUUGGCGUGAACCCUACGAUCUAUGAGCUUGACGAGAUCAACAGAGGAAGGGAGAUAGAGCAAGCAUUGGCUCAGCUCGGGUGUAGCCCAACCGUGCCGGUGGUGUUCAUUGGAGGGCAGCUUGUUGGUGGAGCCAAUCAAGUCAUGAGUCUCCAUCUCAAUCGCUCUCUCGUUCCAAUGCUUAAACGUGCUGGAGCAUUAUGGCUUUAACAUCAAAAUAAAUGGAGUCACAAAUUUAUAAUGUACUGAAGAAACUAAUUAAAGUGAACAAAAAAGCAUACACAAGAAUGUAUGUAUGAGUUAAUGAUAUGUCUAUCUAAGUUUUGACAAGAUAGAUUAUGCGGUCACCUACUUUGUAAACAAUGGGUCCAUUAUAAUAAAACCAGCUACUCUUGGAUUUCUCCUUCUCAA